UCUCAAAAAAAAUCAGCAAUGGCAGCCAAGAUUGCAAUAGGAUACAAAUUUAUACCAACGGACAAAGAACUUGUUCUUCAUUAUCUGAGAGCAAAGGCCAAAGGACAGCCAUUACCGGUAGAGGGUUUAGUGAAUGAAUGCAAUCUCUACGACGAUCAAGAACUGUCGAAGAUAUUCAGCAAAAUGAGAACAAGAUCGAAGUUGUAUUAUUAUUUUACGGAGUUGAAGAAGAAGAAUGGGAAAGGAAAAAGGAUUGAUCGCAUGGUGGGGAAGGGUACAUGGAAGGGACUCGACAGAGGCAAGCCUAUUCAUGACAAUGACGGAAGGCUUACUGGACGCAAGCGAAGUUUCGAUUAUAUCAACAGAGAAUCGAGUGAACACAGUGUGUGGGACAUGAAGGAGUACAGCCUUGAAGGUGUUUCUCUGGAAGAUGAUCAACUGAUCAAAGACAAAAACUAUGUCCUAUGUGCGAUCAAAAUGAAGCGUCGCAGGGCAGAAAUCGAACAACAAGAGCAACCAGUUGAUGAUUUCGACAUUGAUCAUUACUCCGUCGAAGACGACCAACCUACUCCAAUUAUACAACAAGAAGAGCAACCUACUGCAACAGUUAUACAACAAGAAGAGCAACCUACUGCAGCAGUCAUACAACAAGAGCUAGCUCCACCUGAUGAUGAUGACCACUUUGAUUGGGACCAGUUUGUUUGGGAUUCCACUUUGGCAGCUACUACAGUUAUACAACAAGAAGAGCAACCUACUGUAGCAUUUAUGCAACAAGAGCAAGCUCAAGCUGAUGAUAAUGGCCACUUUGAUUGGGACCAGUUUGUUUGGGAUUCCACUUUGGCAGCUACUCCAGUUAUACAACAAGAAGAGCAACCUACUGCAGCAGUUAUACAACAAGAGCAAGCUCAAGCUGAUGAUGGUGGCCACUUUGAUUGGGACCAGUUUGUUUGGGAUUCCACUUUGGCAGCUACUCCAGUAAUACAACAGCUAGAUGUUGCCGAUGAUGAUCUGUUUGAUUUGGACCAGUUUGACUGGAAUUCCACUUUGCCAUCACUAUAGUGAAUUGGAUACACUUUGUUUCCUAUUUUAGUCUCUCUUCAGAAUCAUUGUCAUUCAAUUGUUGUAUUUCACUACUAGUAGUAAAUCACUUACGUCUACUGUUAGUGAUC